AUGUGGAAAAAUUCUAAAAAAGUUUAUGCUUGUGGUUUAGCAACAACAGGAAGUUUUGGAAUAAAGAAUCUAAUUAAAAGUAAAACAUCACCUGAAAUUAUAAGUAAACCUACAAAAAUUAGUUAUUUUUCAAAAAAAAAAAUUUCAAAAAUAUCAUCAGGUUUUGGAUUCUCGUUAUUUGGUACAACAAAUAAAUUAUAUGGUUCUGGAUUAAAUAAUUUUUAUCAAUUAGGUAAAGCUCCAGUUAAAAAAGGCUAUAAAGAAAAAGUUCCUGAUAAAUGGUAUGUACACCCAAAAGAAAUUAUUCUUCCUGAGGGAUGUGGAAAUAUACAACAUAUUAGUUCUGGAAGAUUGCAUUCAUUAAUUUUAACAGAUUCUGGUGUAUAUGGAAUGGGUGAUAAUGUCCAUGGACAAUGUGGAUUUGAUAAUAAUAAAGUACUUGAAGAAGUAUUAAAAAAUAAAAAGUAUGAUGUUUGGAAAAAAAUUGAAUUAGAUACAGAUGAAGAAAUUAGAAAAGUUCAUUGUAUUUUAGAUACUUCAUAUAUUUUAACAAAAUCUGGAAAAUUAUAUGGAUUUGGAUUAGGAGAAGAUGGUCAAGUUGGAAAUGAAAAAUAUGGAGUUUUUAAAGAACCAACAUUAAUUGGUGGAGAUUUAGCUAAUGAAAAUAUUGUAAACAUUAGUGGUAGUACUGAUACACUUAUUGCAUUAUCCAGUAAAGGUGAUAUUUUUUUGUGGGGUCAAAAUGAAUAUAAUCAGAUGGAUUUAAUAACAAAUAAUUUACAAUUAAAUAUCCCAAAACAUUUUCCACUAAAUAUUGGUAAAAUAAUAUCUAUUGCUGCUACGGGAAGUUCUUGUAUUGUAUGUACAGAAAAAGGUCAAGUAUAUGUUUGGGGUCAACAAAUAUUAGGUCUUGGUCCCAGAAUUAUUUCAUCUAUUAAACCUAUUCAAAUUGAUUCUGUAUUAUUUUCUCCAACUGGAAAAAAAGAAGUUUUUGUUAAAAGUGUUUUUGCUGGUUCUACUUCAAUGGGUGCACGAACAAAUGAAGGUAAUCUAUUUACGUGGGGAUUCAAUAGAUAUGGUGAACUUGGUUUAGGUAAAAAAGAAAAACAACUUUUUCCUUAUCCUGUUUUUCUACCCGAAGAAGUAAAGUCACUUGAUUUAGGGUAUGAUCAUACGUUAUUUAUAACAAAUUAA